UGUAGAGCGGGUCGGCGCAAUUCUUCGGAGCAUUGAUUUGACCGUCCACUCUCUUUGAACUUUCAAGGUUGUGUUUGAUUGCGCUCCAGGAGUAUUACUGUUUCGUCGAAAAUUCCAUCUCCUGGGGCCGCAUCAUCUGGACUCUGCAAGAUCUCACACAUUUUCCGAAGUCGCCUUCUUUGAUCUUCUUCCUAACAAACUUCGACGAUCCUGAAAGUGCCUAGGUCAUGAACUCGAAACACGAUGGAAUUUCGAGCCAACCAGCCAGGAAAGCUUUUCCUGCUGGUCGCGUGGUGCCGGCACUGCCUCUUACCAUGACGAAGCAGAAGCUCGCCAAGGCAAAACCCAGAAAUCAUACGACCGGUGCCGCAAAAGGGGCGAAGAAAGACACGGAGGAUGGAACACAGGAGCUGUGUGAAUCGAAAGUCGCUCGAUCGUAUCAAAGCGUUGCAAACCCUUCCAAUGGCGUUUCAGCUCAUGCGGGAGGAGUCUAUGGCAAGAGCUACGAAGCGCGUGAGAAUGAGCUGGAGUCGAGUAACAACUAUGUGAAAGGGUCGGAGACUGCGUCGAGAGACGGAAUUUCAGCGAUCACAGAGCGACUUGCAGAUACAUCGCAAAAGAUUCCAGAGGAAUCUGAGGCCCGAAUACCCAAAAAUGAGCUUCCACCCGCAUUUGUGGCACAUGAACAUCCACCGUAUUCCUCAACCUCGUCACAAAUGCCUCCGAGUCUAUCAUCUUUGCAGAUCUCCCAUCCUGAAAUUGUUCGCGGCGGACUGGAGGACGCGUCCAUUCCGUCUCCAGCACUUACAUACUCCGCAGGAAAUCCGUCUUUCGUGCCUUCUGUACCGUCCAUCCCCUUUCAAGGUCACGCACAUCAUUUUUCGGAAUCUCAAAUCGGGCCGGCGCCUUUGGGCUAUCAAUCACCCCCUGUAUCCUGGACCCAGCGAUCAGGCUUUAACCCUCCACCGGCCAGCAAUGGCCACAAUAUCCACAACCACACGCGACAGUUUCCGAGAGAUUCGGUCCAAACAAAUGGUUUACAUUCACAAUCUUUUCAGCGCUCUCGCACCGAGUCUCAAACUUCGGGAUUCGAUCCUCGGUCACCCUCUGUGUUCGAUCCGCAUCAUGAAGGCAGCAAUCACAUGCUGCACGAGGGCAACUCUUUUAUUCCUCCUCUUAGAGCACAACAAAUACCGCAAGUUCAGCCGAUGCAAUUCGCUUCAGCGGCGCUUCAAAAUGGACUCCAGUACGACCAUGGAGACCCCUUGAGAGAUUAUCUGUUGAACCAAUUCCAAGAUGCGCAUUCAUCCGACUGCAUUCUGGAAGUUGUGAGUACUGGUGGCGGUUCGCUCAAAAUCGAGGCGCAUAAGCUUCUGUUGGCUCGGAGUCCAAUCCUUCGUAAGCUGAUCCAGGGUCGUUACGAGCAGAGUGGCCGGUUCAGCCUCAACAUCGACUUUCCGGGCAAACAUUUCAACGGGCGCUCCUUCGCAGACGGCAUUCGGCAUUUGUACGGAGGGCCCCUGCCCACUCUUGAUUCGCUUCAUGGAAGUGCUCCACGUGACAAAAUGGCAGCCGCUUUGCAAUUUCUAGCGGUUGGGUCGUUUUUGAGUGUCGACGCCAUCUCGAUUCGAUCCAUGCAGCUCGUCUUUGGACUUUUGAGAUGGGACACUGUACCAACCGCACUCGCAUUUGCACUCGAAGGCGGUCUGGGCCCAACUUGGCACAAGCAACCGCGAUUUCCAAACGGCCGUCCAGACGAUGAUGUGAGCCGUGCAUAUCACAACAGCCCAAUGUACGAGCCGUACUCCACUGAUCUCUUAUUUCGAUUAAUCGACUUUGUGGUGCACACGAUUCCCCAGAACUUUUACAUCGAUCCGGCAGCUCCUGAACUCCCUGAAGCUCCGAGACUCCCCUCUUUCGUCGAGGCCUCGCACGGAAGACACCAUUCACGGCACAAUCCUCGCUUGAGUCAGAUACGCUUUGGCUCAAUUACCUCCGAGGAGCUGCAGCGUCCAUCUCCUGAAGCCACGAUGAUUUCAUCUAUACUAAUCUCACUACCAUUCCCUAUUUUACAAAACAUCCUCGAGCAUAUUGGCCUCGUCCAUCGUCUAGGCUCCGAAACAGCUGCUAGUGUCACGCGACAGGUUGUGAAUGAACGAGAAAAACGUCGUCAAAGGGCGUAUGAUGGCCAUUUGUCACGUGGCUCGAGCAAUGGCGCAGAAGCACGUGAGGAUUCGGCUCUUUACUUGGCGGAAUCUGUCGUGCGGUCAGACCUGCACCUGUCUGGCUGUCGACUUGAGCAGAUGCAAGUCGAUAUUGGGACUCCUCUUGCCGAAAUACAAUGAUGCGCCUGGAUGUAUAACAUUGGAUGCGUUGAUGAAAACUGCAUGUCGAUGAGAACACACUCCUAGGGAUAUGACAUGAAUGAUGGUAUGGAUAGCAUAGCAAGCGAUUGGCGUCUGGACUUCUGAGAUUCUGGCAGAUAGUAUGAUCCAUCUGCAUAAUGGGGUAGCCGAUCACGGUUUCCAUGAGUGAAUUAUCACAUGUCCGUGUUUUCUUGUGUUAUACACGAGGGUCUCAACCAUAACCACGGAUUUUCUAUUCAACUCGUACGAUCAUCUUCCCAUUUUCACGUCCGACGUUUUCCUGCCUCACACCUCACGGCUGAUCUAAAGUCGCAAACCUUAUGUUGCCAACC